UUAAUUUACGACGGUCCAAUCGAGAUGUUCACAGUUACCGGUGCACACCAGCUUGCCGCCGCUGGCAGUCGAGAGGGCUUUGGCGUACUAGCUUAUUAUCGAGUCAACGACGGUUUGUUGAACAAACAGUGGAUUCGAACAGACCCAAAAGCUGGGAGCAUUACGGGUUCAGAUUCCAUGUCGUGCCGCAGUUACCAUCGGCUAGGAGCACCCAACGCUACUGCUGACGGCACGGAAUCCAUGUUCGUCAGUGGCAUGCACGAACUGGAUCCCUCUCUGGACCAAAUCGUGAAGAUCACGGCGGAUCUGCAUGUCCCCUUGAUCAUUUCGGACGAUCGCGGCGAAAAUGAGACCGAUAGCAUAAUCGAAGCGAUGGACGACGACAACAUUGCCAUGCAUGAUUCGCCCCAAAGUCGGAACAACCCUAUAGUUGCGGUCGCCGUCGUGUUGACUUGUUGCAGUGUUCUGCUUGGGGCUGCCACCCUUGCCGUGCGUCGUCGCAUGUGGAAAAAGUGA